GCCGAGGCGGCCGCUUCCGGGGGCGCCUGCGGAGAGGGGGAAGGCGGCGGGGCCCGCGGGGGGCUGCGGAGGCGGCAGGAGGGUGAUUGAAUGGGUCUUCUGAGGUGCAGUUGCUGAAACUAACAGAAAAUGGCAUAUCGAAGAGAUGAAAUGUGGUCUGAAGGGCGAUAUGACUAUGAAAGAAUUCCAAGAGAACGUCUUCCUCCGAGGAUUCAUCCAGAUGAUGAUUACCAUCGAGUAGUAAACAUUGUGCCCAAGAAACCACCACUGCUUGACAGACCUGGAGAAGGGAGUUACAGUCGGUAUGAUGAUUACGGCCACGUUGAGUACAGGGACUACGAAGAGGGUCGCAGUUUUGCCCAUGAACGAAGAAGUGGCCCACCACACCGAGGUGUACAUAAGGAUGAAUCAGGAUACAGAUGGCCAAGGGAUGAUCAUUCUAUAAGUCGGCAGCCUGAAUACAGGGAUGUCAGAGACAGCUUCAGAAGAAAAAGCUUCUAUCCUUCUCAUUAUAUGAGAGAGCGAUCCCCUCAUAAGAGGGACUCUCCUUUCUUCAGGGAAUCGCCAGUGAGCCGAAGGGAUUCUCCUCACAGCAGAUCUGGCUCUAGUGUCAGCAGCAGGAGCUACUCUCCUGAAAGAAGCAAAGCCUAUCCUUUUCACCAGUCCCAGCAUAGCAGAAGUAUGUCAUCUUUACAUAAAAGAAAUAUUUCUUCUCAGCAAGGUAAAGAGAGGACUUCAGUUCAGACAUUGAAAACGUCAAGAGAUGCAUCACCUUCGGGUUCCACAGCAGUGCCAUCAUCAAAGGCAUUGGAUAAGAGCAACAGACUAUCGGAGAAGGAACUUGCGGAAGCUGCAAGCAAGUGGGCAGCUGAAAAGGCAGAAAAGGCGGAUGAAAGCAGUUUACCUGAAAGAACAGAGUAUGAUGCUGGAUCUUCAGCGCCAAUGUAUGUCGAACAAACAGAGGAAACAGAAACAAAUAUAACGGAUAAUACGGAAUUGUAUGAGGAUGGCCAGCUUCUUUGCCGCUCAAAAGCAAUUGCAACUAAGACCAAGGAGAUUGAACAGGUCUACAGACAAGACUGUGAAACCUUCGGCAUGGUAGUGAAGAUGCUAAUUGAUAAAGAUCCGUCGUUAGAGAAGUCCAUUCAGUUUGCUCUGCGGCAGAACUUGCACGAGAUCGGCGAGCGAUGCAUUGAGGAACUCAAACAUUUCAUUGCCCAGUAUGAUGCCGCCAACCAGGAGUUAUCGGAGUCUUUCAAGGAUGGCCCCUACUAAGGACAGAAAUACAACUUCAGGUCUCUGCGUUUUGUAGGCUGUAAUACAUAAAUCUGCUUUCUGUGGGGAAAGAGGAGUUCCAGCUGGAGAUCUCAACCCAAGGCCCGUGCUCCUUCCUACCACCUAAGACGGCUGUACCUUGUGCAGCGCAGGCUCCGCAGUUGUGCUCUUCCUACCUGUACUUCUUGACAUAGAUUCCUUUGAAAAGGAUCUUCUUUUCAAAAACGCCAUAUAGGGACAAACUAUUUUUGCAACCUUUACACAGUUACCGAGGAAAAACUGUUCAGUCUGAUGUAUGUACACUGCUGUUUUGAUGUUUGUAAGUGUAACUACAAAACGACAUUUUUUAUUAAAAUAACAUGAAGCAGCUCUUCGUUCCUCAACUUACGCAGAAAUAUGUCCUGGUUUCAUAUGUACGAUAGGAAGGGAAGACCUGCAGAAUUGCUCACAGCUAUGAUUUAAGUUAUUUAUUAUAGUUUAAUUUUGAACUUCACGUUCAUUCUCUAAAAUUGCACCAGGGGUUGUUCCUGGUCUUGGGCUGCCAGAGAAACCCUGCCUGCUUGAUGCAAUAAGUGAUGUAUUUUUUGUUCUACUUGCAGGUUCUGCAAAUGCCUUUUAUAUUUUGGUGUUUUUUGUAUCAUAAGCCGUUACUAGUAAGCAGUAUUAUGUAGAAUUAAUUCCAUUUUUCUGUUAGUAUUUGCAACUAAAUGUUUUCUGUUUUCUUGUUUUUUCUUUUUUUUAUUUCUUUUUUUUUUUUUUCUCACUAUCCCUUACAGAGUGUAACUGCAGGCAGACACUGAGCGAGGCAAGGUCUCCUCUUUUGCCUUUUUCUCCUUUUUGCCUUCUCACCACGUUUCGUGCAUCAGUUUUAAUAACUAUGAAUCUCUAAUUGACAGGAAGGGGCAGGAAUGUGGGGUGGCAAGGUGUGGCAUGGGCUGUCUCUUUAUUUAGUAACUCCAAGUUGCUUCAGAUUAGGUAUAAUGUGAAUGUUGAACCCUAAAUAGGCCCCAAAUUGAUCAUUGUUUCAAACCCAAAUGAUUCUGGGUAAUGUCUGCAGCCAGUUUUGACCUGAUAGUUACUGGUAGCUGGGGAGAAAUGGUUGAGUUAGAGUCAGGAGGCUGCCAGUGCUGUGUGGUGACGUUUUAGAGGUGAAACAUAAUUUAGGAUUCACUGGUGGUAUCCUGGCUGUUGAUUUGUGUUCACUUAAUGAGAUCCUGUUUUUUAUGAAUGUUUGGGGAAGGGAGAAUUGAAUCAUAAUCACAAAGAGGUAAACAUGAGUGUUUUGUAUACGUUUGUAUUUAGAAACUUGAAACUCUGUAACAGGACAAGCGACUAAAGCUCUCCCGUCCCAAAGUGCACGGUAUUAAAUGAAAAAGUCUCCGAAUUCAGCCCCUUAUCGAGUAUCUCCUAAGGUUUCAGGGGAAUGCUUUGCAAGAAAGUAAAUAAAAUGGCAGGGAUUUUGCAUGUCCAAGGUGCUGUAUAUAUCACAGCAUCUAGCACAUGCAAAUCUUGAUACGGUGCGUUAAAUGUCUAUGUUACAUCAGAUGCCUGAGAUGCCCGAUUAGUUUUAAUGUCAGCUGGGUGUGGUUUUGCAGUUGGCUUUUGUUGGGUUUCUGAGGAGUUCACGUUGCUCAGAGGGGGUGACCUGCAGCUUACCCCGCUGGGGGAGGCUCAGCGAGCCUCCUGGGUGCUAACUGCGGGUGGGAGAGGGGGAGGAAAGGCAACGUGGUGUGGCGCAGGAGCUAGACCUCAGCCACCCCUUCUGGCAACAGCCGGGCUUGCCAGGAGCAGUCAGGAAACCACAGGCAAAUGUACAUCGUGUUGCUGGGACAGGAAUGUAACCGUCAGGGCUUCGCUGCUUGCCCGUGGGCAGGUCAGUCUUCAGGGUGUUACAGCGCAGUUUCUGCUUUGGGGUAGAAACACUAAAGAAAAAAAAAAUGCUGAGAUCAUGAUUAAUAUAUUUUUGAGUUAAAAGGUUUGUUAUUGUACAUGGUGUUAGGAGUCUCCUUUGUUUUCCUAGUGAAAUUUAAUCAGGUUUCUAAAAGUGGCUGAUUUUUCAGGUGUCUUUCUAAAAAGGGACACCUAAGCCCCCAAUACUCCUGUGUUGUUGUGGGGAGCUGAUAGGUCAGUAAGGUAUUUAGGGUGUCCUUAGCGUAUUAUUUUUUUUAAUGGAUUAAAUUUUGCUCAUAAACUGAGGAGACUUCUGAUUUUUUAAAAUAAAUGCUAUUUCUAUGAAAGGUUUAAUUCACAUUCAUGGGUGAUGAGUAAGUGGUUUUUCCCUGUUUAGUACUUGUCAUUACGUUGAAUGCUCAUGUCUGACCUUCUGUGAUGUACUCUUCAUGUUGAUGUAAGUAAAAUGUUACGCCACUUCACUUGAGCAAGA